CAACUUACUUAAGGAUACUACUGACGAACGCGCGCGAUAUAGGGAUAUAGGGAGAUGGGAUUUCUUCCGCUCUACGCUAUACUGCUUACCGCCCUCGGUACCCUCCUUUAUACCGUUAUUUCUUCGUGCCGACGUUCCUACCUCUCUACUGCCGCCGUCGCUGCUACCGUACCGUUACCGUCGUUACCGUCGUCGUCGAUGUCCUUCUACCGUAUACGGAGGGUAGUGGGUGUGUACGAGAUAUGUAUUACGUGCUGGUGUGGUUGGGGCUGGGAGUAGGAGGUGGGGAGUGGGUUAAGAGCUGGUGAUGACGUGGUGAUGGAUGGAUUAUGGAAGUAUGCGUUUACUGUGUUCUCGCUCUAUCAAUGAUGGCGAUGGCGAUGGACGCACUCUACUCCUACAGUACAAGGAGUCAACAUCACCGACCCUCCCUCCUUCCGACUACGAUCCUUACACCCAC